GCCUCCUCCACGCCGUCCUCGGCCCCGCCCCUUAUUCCCAGUCCCUCCUUCCCUUUACCGCAUCCCUCCCUAUCUCCCUCCUCCCAACACCUACUUCUCCCGACUCCCUCCCGGCGUCGCUAAGUUUCUUCGCUCGCGACCGCGCGCACUGCCGGGGCCGGGCGGGAGCAGCGCCCCCGCUGCCCUGUCCUCUCGCGCAGACCCCGGGCAGGGCCCGGGCCCCUUCGAGCUAUGCUGUGCGGCAGAUGGAGGUACCUCCGCCGCCGGCGCGACGAGACCCCGGUGCCGGCCCAGGUCGCUGCGCCCCUUGCGCUCCCGACCCCGCCCUCACCCCAGGACGGCGGCACCAAGAGUCUGGGGCUGCGGGCGCUGAAGAAGAUGGGCCUGACCGAGGAUGAGGACGUGCGCGCCAUGCUGCAAGGCUCCCGGCUGUGCAAGAUCCGCUCGCACACGUGGCAGAAGGAGCGGUUCUACCGGCUGCAAGAGGACGGCGUGAGCGUGUGGUUCCAGCGGCGCUUCCGCCGCGCACCGUCGCAGCACAUAUUCUUCGUGCAGCACAUCGAGGCUGUCCGGGAGGGUCACCAGUCCGAGGGCCUGCGGCGCUUCGGGGGCGCCUUCGAGCCAGCGCGCUGCCUCACCAUCGCCUUCAAGGGCCGCCGCAAGAACCUGGACCUGGCGGCGCCCACGGCGGAGGAGGCGCAGCGCUGGGUACGCGGCCUGGCCAAGCUGCGCACGUGCCUCGACGCCAUGAGCCAGCGCGAGCGUCUCGACCACUGGAUCCACUCCUAUCUGCACCGGGCAGACUCCAACCAGGACAGUAAGAUGAGCUUCAAGGAGAUCAAAAGCCUGCUCAGAAUGGUGAACGUGGACAUGAAUGACAUGUACGCCUACCGCCUCUUCAAGGAGUGUGACCACUCCAACAACAAGCGGCUGGAGGGGACUGAGAUUGAGGAGUUUCUGCGGCGGUUGCUGAAACGCCCUGAGUUGGAGGAGAUCUUCCAUCGGUACUCAGGCGAGGACCGUGUGCUGAGCGCCCCUGAGCUGCUGAAGUUCCUGGAGGACCAGGGCGAGGAUGGGGCCACGCUGGCCCGCGCUCAGCAGCUCAUCCAGAACUAUGAGCUCAAUGAGACAGCCAAGCAGCACCAGCUGAUGACUCUGGAUGGCUUCAUGAUGUACCUGUUGUCGCCCGAGGGGGAUGCCCUGGACCCAGCCCACACCUGCGUGUUCCAGGACAUGGACCAGCCCCUCGCCCACUACUUCAUCUCCUCCUCCCACAAUACCUACCUGACCGACUCUCAAAUUGGGGGGCCCAGCAGCACCGAGGCCUAUGUUAGGGCCUUCGCGCAGGGAUGCCGCUGUGUGGAGCUGGACUGCUGGGAGGGGUCGGGAGGGGAACCCGUCAUCUACCACGGCCACACGCUCACCUCCAAGAUCCUCUUCCGAGACGUGGUCCAGGCCGUGCGUGACCAUGCCUUCACGCUGUCCCCAUAUCCUGUCAUCCUAUCCCUGGAGAACCACUGUGGGCUGCAGCAGCAGGCUGUCAUGGCCCGUCACCUCCGCACCAUCCUGGGGGAUAUGCUGGUGACACAGACACUGGACUCCCAGAAUCAUGAAGAGCUGCCAUCCCCAGAGCAGCUGAAGGGCCGGGUCCUGGUGAAGGGGAAGAAGCUGCCAGCUGCUCGGAGCGAGGAUGGUCGAAUUCUGUCAGACCGGGAGGAGGAGGAAGAGGAAGAGGAAGAAGAGGGGGUGGAGGCUGCAGAGCAGCGGCGGCAGGCCAAGCAGAUCUCCCCAGAACUGUCAGCCCUGGUCGUGUACUGCUGUGCCACCCGCCUGCGGACCCUGUGCCCUGCCUCUGCCCCACACCAGCCCUGCCAGGUCAGCUCUCUCAGCGAGCGCAAGGCCAAGAAGCUCAUCCGAGAGGCAGGGAAUAGCUUUGUGAGGCACAAUACCCGCCAGCUGACCCGUGUCUACCCGCUGGGGCUGCGGAUGAACUCGGCCAACUAUAGCCCCCAGGACAUGUGGAAUUCAGGCUGUCAGCUGGUGGCCCUGAACUUCCAGACACCAGGCUACGAGAUGGACCUCAAUGCUGGGCGCUUCCUCAUCAACGGGCAGUGUGGCUACAUCUUGAAACCUGCCUGCCUGCGGCAGCCCAACACCAGCUUUGACCCUGAGUGCCCCGGACUGCCCACAACUACUCUCACCAUCCAGGUGCUGACUGCACAGCAACUGCCCAAGCUGAAUGCUGAGAAGCCGAACUCCAUCGUGGACCCCCUGGUGCGUGUUGAGAUCCACGGGGUGCCUGCAGACUGUGCUCGAAAGGAGACCAACUACAUUCUCAACAACGGCUUCAACCCCUGCUGGAGGCAUACCCUGCGGUUCCAGUUGCGGGCUCCGGAGCUGGUGCUGGUCCGGUUUGUGGUAGAAGAUUAUGACACUACGUCCCCCAAUGACUUUGUGGGCCAGUUUACGCUGCCUCUCACCAGCCUGAAGCAAGGGUACCGCCACAUCCACCUGCUUUCCAAGGAUGGGGCCUCUCUGUCACCAGCCACGCUCUUCGUCCACAUCCGCAUCCAGCGCUCCUGAAGGCGACGGCACCACCCUGGGCUUCUGCGGGUGCUAGUCUGCGGCGCCCCGUGGCAGAGGCUCUCUUCUCCUCUGGAGUGGAGGGGCGGCGUGAGCCCGUCCAGCCUGCCCAUCCUGCCAGCUCGCCAGGCUCGUCUCAGCUUGGUGCUGAGGACAGCCUCAGCCCCUCCUACAGGACAGGUGGUUGAUCUUUCCCCUGCAACCCUGAGACCUGGAGAAGGCCCCAGCUCAAGUCCUUGGUCCACCCCUCACUCAGCCUGGCUUAGGAAGAGCCAGGCCUGCUGCUGCCAGGAGAUUUGGGGAGCAGGACAUGCGCCCUCAGCGCCUCUGCCCCCGCCGAAGGACUCUAGCCACACCCCUGGCUCCCCCACCCAGGCAUUGGCCACCCCCUAAGGCCCUUCUGCCCCCCAGACUUUCCUGAGCUCUCUUCCCUUGUUAAAGCAAGAAGGGAGAGCUGAGGCUGGGAGCCCUGAGGACACCAGAAGCCGGCUUUUCUCUCACGACAGAAGAGCCCUGGAGAGGACAGAACAUGACUAUUUUAAAAAAUAAAGAAGCAAGUUUAGUACUGCCACCCCGAUCCCCUCUGAUGAUAUACCCAGGCCCGCGAGGAGGGACGGGCAGAGGGAGUCCCUUGGGCCUCUUCCCCCAGCAGGGUUUGAACUUGUCUGAGGCAGCCAGGGGUGCUGGAGGAGAGGCCACUGCUCAAAAUAGCCCUGACUCCUGCUCUUCGCUGAAAGCUGCUGCCAGCAUCACAAGACUGAGGACACCCAUCACGAGCUGCCCCCACAACCCAACGAGGGGCCUUGCAUGGGGAGCAGGCAGCUGGGUGGGCUUCUGCCAGCAAAGAACUGUUAGGACCUAAAGGGGGUGGGGACAGGACUCUGAGGGGCCUCAGACCCCCACUUUCCAGGCUCAGCAGGGUUCAAUGCUCAUCUAGUUGGUAGACAGACCCCCGAGACUUGAGGCUCGCCUUCCACCAGCCAACCAACCUUUUGGCAAAGGCCUGGAAGGCAGCGGCUGCUCCAGGCUGCCUCACGCUGGGAAAGCGUGCCGAGACAUGACAGGAUCCAGGGAAAACCUGUCAGAAAGGUAGGUGACUUUCUGGGGUUCAACGUGGAGGGAGCCCUGGCAUUUUGGGUUCCACGAGGCAACAGCACCGACACUGAACAAGGGCAGAACUUAAUGGCAGGUCGUGUCCUCUCAGGCUGCAGCUCAGGGCCCAGAGGUACCAGCCAUGGGGGAGGGGGGGGGGCUGAAAAGAACAUGGGCUCAGUGAACGGAUGAAAAGUUCCAGAGGAAGAGAAUGGGAAACGGGAAGCCUACAUAGUUCCUCAGGCCCUUCUCCAGAGAGCUGGCUCAGCAGGUGUGCGGUGGGGCCUGGCGGCCUGCAGUGUAAAAGCACUACUGGCUCAGCAGAACCACCCAGCAGCCCCUGGCCCAGGAGGGGCGAUGUGGCAUCUGGGUGAGCGACAAGGGGCAGUACCUGCGCCCUCCAUCAGAGGAACCACUGCUAAUCCAGACUGCAGGCUGCUCUCUGCUCCUCCUAGAGUGAAGCUGGGUCAGUACUUGCCCCUUGCCGGCAGGUGGGAGAGGUUUGGGGGAAAGCCAAGCUUGCCCUGAAAGGGCAGCCUUGCCAAAGGAGUCUUCCGAAGUUGCCCUGGUGCUGUGGUCACAAGGGCCUUCCCUGCAGGGCACCGUCGCCCUCAGGAAGAGCGCCCUGCUCAAGUCCAGGUUGGGGACUCUACCUGUUCCACUGCAACCUGCUGUUCAGAGGAAAACCAGGAGGGCAGAAGGAUUUUUUUCAGCUGCUUCCUUUAUUAGAAACGAGAUGUAUCGAGCGGAACGACAAUGCAUUUGGUAUUCCUUACCCCACCCUCGAAAUGGAUGCCCCUCCCACAGCCCAGAGAAAAGCCAAGACAAAAGGUGAAGCUUCCCCCUUCCCUGUUCCCAGGUACGGCACCUUGCCGGUAGUCAGUCAAUGGUUUUUGAAUGAAUUUGUCCCUUGCAGCCUCCCUAGGGAGUCUGUUUGCAGCCCUGCCUUCACUUUGUAGUAGGGCAAAAUCGAAGCCUUGGGUCUCCUCUGGUUCUGGGGCAGGUGGGCCAAGCCACAGGGCUGCCCCUGGGUGGGUAGGCGCCCAGAAGAGAUACACUCCUGCGCCACUCCCCUGGCGUGACAGCUCCUCACCCUCCUAGACUGCAGCCCCGUGAAACUCGCCAAGCCUUCGGGCCAUCCUUUGGGUUGGUUAAAUGCUGGUCAUCUUUGGACAAAUAAUUCAAGACCACAGGGAUACCCACCCUUGGGCUUCAUUAAGCCAGCAAGUAAGGGGGGCGAUGGCAGUUAGAAGUGAGGUGCAGACAAGUCCUGAAAUUUCCCGUAAACCUAGGUGUUGAAGUGGGUUGGUGGGCCGGCCUUCAAACCACACAUCGGCAUCUCUGGAAGGAGGCAUGUGUGGGGAUAACAAGACCCACAGAGACCUCAACACAGGGCCGAGGUCUUUCUACCCAGUUUUCUCCCUACAAAGAGACCGGAGGCCGUGGGCAUUUCCCACAAGGCCAGGGGGCAAAUGCAGCCAAUCCAAAGGCAGGAGGAAAACAUCUAGAAACAUGGGAAUCCAAAAGCCCAGUGCAAGCGAGUGCUGGUGGCAGAGUGAGGGCCACGCCCAGGAGGCUCUCCGCCAGCAGCUGCCUGAGGCAGGUCCCAGGUGGUCAAGCCUUGGGUCCUUUCAUUGUUUGGUUCAAGCCAGCCAUGGCGCCACCGUCCUGCAAGGCUCCCUGUGGGGAGGCCCUGAACCCCACACAAUGGUUCUCUCUGAGCUCUCUGAUCUUGAAGUCCUUGAAAGGGUUGAAUGAAGAAGCCAGGGAGUGUUUGGACAGAGAUUAAAAGCAGCCACCGAGCAGACUCCCGCAGACGUGGGUGGUGAUGCUGAGGGUGGGGCGGGGUCUCCACCAUGGGCAACAGCAGAGUCCAAAGAGUAGGCCACAUGGUUUUGGUGGGACACUUGGGGCCUUUCCAAGAGAUGUUUCUUCCAGAGCAGCCAUGGGCCUCACAGUUUCCAUUCCAUGACCUGGGCCAACCAAGGCAAAGCUCACUUCAGGGGCUGUUGUAUGCCCCAAAUUUCAGAGGCAGUUCGGGCUGGGAGUUGGCCCACAGCCGACCAAGCCUCCGAUGGAACGUUUCCAAGUUCCAGGUCCUGCCCAGGGUAGGAAAGAAUCGGGCACGUUGUUGUCUGCUAUCCUUAGAAGCCUGCACAGGGUGAGGGGCUCUGGGCGUCGAGGGUCUGAUGCCUACAGGUGUUAGGGCAAGGCCCUGCCUCUCCGACUCCUCCUGUCUGGGAACGCAAUACGCAUCCUGCUAAGAAUAGCAGCUUCUUUGGUCUGGGUAUCUUGGAGUCAAGGAGUCAAAGGUCAGCCACGAACGCUGGGGCCUACAGUUUGCAGCACAGGUACAACAGGAGAAGGAAGGCCCCCACAGGCCCCCGAUGAGAAUCCAAUCCAGUCUGUAAAGAGCGAGCAACUUGCCAAGUGACACAGCCCCCACCCCAAGCACACAAUUUCCGUUAGCUUCCAGGACUCUGCAGAAUUAGCCUCUGGCAAACCUCACCAAAACCCACAGCCUGAAACACAGCUCUGUUGCCCUUCAGUUAGCAGGACUAGGCCGAGCCUGGCUUCCCGGCCUAGACGUCCUUCCCCCUACAAGUAGCCGAGGUGAAAGCAGCCAGGAAACGCACCCCCAUCACGCUAUCCACCCAUUUACUUUUUCCGAAGCAAAAGGUACACAGAAGCCUGGAUGCGGGUUGCUCGUAGUUCCACAGCCCGAUCCUCCCCAAGCCACUUGGCUGAGCACAAAUGGAGGAAUGCCUACACACACUGCCACGUGACAGCAGGCUCUGUCACUGCUGGGGAAACGCGGCAGCAACAAGUCACCACCACCACAAAAAUCCACCAAACCUCACCCGUGAAAAUCACUCAGACGAUGGCAACAUGAAGUCAUUUCUGUUGCCACGUCUAGAUCGGCGUCUAACCACCACUUUUUGCAGGCUGCGUGUCUUGGAAAGGAGCACAAGACAUAGCCAAUGGGUUGGAAGGCACAGGGCAG